AUGCAUAUUGUUCAGAUAUUUGAGAACAGGAAAACCUCAACGACUCCUCUUAUUGAUUUAGUUAUUGAUUUUUCGCUCUUUUUGCAGAAUGCUAGUUACCCGACUCCUCUUAUGACUACAAGCUCCGCUACAAGCAGAAGAGUUGAAAACAUAGGGGAUGUAGUUGAGCAUGGCAUUGCCGGGACAUCUCAGUUAGAGGAUGUAGUUGAUGGUGAUACGAUUGAGGAGCCACAGUCGGGGAUGGAAUUUAAUUCUUUUGAAGAGUUAAUGAAUUAUUAUAAGCAGUAUGCUAAGAAAUGUGGGUUUGGGGUGAUGACAAGAAGGACUAAGAAGGGAGAUGAUGAGACUGUUCGAUAUGUCACCCUUGGUUGUGCCCGUGGUGGGAAGGCCCGGAAUAGGACGUUGAAUGUCGCUAGACCACGUCCGACAGGAAAAACAGAAUGUAAGGCAAAGAUUAAUGCCUUAAAAGUUGAUGGAAAGUUCCGAUUAACAACAAUUCAUAAUAUCCAUAAUCACGGCCUGAGUCCAAAGAAAUCUCGCUUCUUUCGAUGUAAUAGAGAAGUGAGUGACUCCGUAAAAAGAGUCUUAGAUAUCAACGAUGAAGCUGGCAUCCGAAUGAAUAAGAGUUUUGGAUCUCUCGUCGUUGGCGCUGGUGGAUUUGAGAACCUUCCAUUUUUGGAAAAAGAUUGUCGGAAUUAUAUCGACAAGGCAAGACAUCUACGACUUGGGAAAGGUGGUGCUGGAGCACUUCAAGAGUAUUUUUGUAGGAUGCAGUGCAAAAAUCCCGGUUUCUUUGCACUGAUGGAUUUGGAUGAUGAAGGGAGGUUAAAAAAUGUCUUCUGGGCAGACCCCCGUAGUAGAGAAGUCUACCAAUACUUUGGUGAUGUGGUCACAUUCGACACUACAUACCUGACGAAUAGAUAUGGGAUGCCAUUCGCACCGUUUGUUGGUGUAAACCACCAUGGGCAAUCAAUUCUGUUGGGCGCAGGAUUGAUUUCUAGUGAGGAUACGGAAACUUUUGUAUGGUUAUUCCAGACCUGGUUGAAGUGUAUGGGUGGUAUAACUCCGAAAGCUAUUAUCACCGAUCAGGACAGAGCGAUGAAAAAUGCAAUUGUUGUUGUCUUUCCAGAAAGUCGACAUCGACUUUGUUUGUGGCAUAUACUGAAAAAAGUUCCUGAAAAGCUUUCCUCCUAUGCUUCCUACAAAAGUGGGAUGAAAAAUGCAUUGUUAAAAUGUGUUUAUGACUCCCAAAGUGUUGAAGAGUUUGAGAAAUCUUGGGAUCAGUUAAUUACCACUUACAAUUUACAUGAGAAUGCCUGGCUGAAAAGUUUAUACACUGAGCGUGAGCAUUGGGUGCCAGUCUUCUUGAAAGACUGUUUUUGGGCUGGAAUGAGUACGACGCAGCGCAGCGAAAGCAUGAAUGCUUUUUUCGACGGUUAUGUUCAUGCCAAGACAAACUUAAAAGAGUUUGUCGACUAG